AUGAGCGCCGACGAGAAGGACCGCGAGCACGACACCCGCACGCUUGAGAAGGCUGAGGAGGGCGGCCAGACCGCAACUGGCCCUCAGCAAAAGAAAAUCGUCAUCCCGGGUGUUAUCAUUAUCCCCAUCUGGAUGGCCUGCUCUAUCAGCGUCAUUCUUUACAACAAAUACGUCUUCACCAACCUCAAUUUCCCAUACCCCGUCUUCCUCACCACAUGGCACCUGUUCUUCUCCGCCAUUGCCACGCGCGUGCUGCAGCGUACCACGACGCUCGUCGAUGGCGCCAAGGACAUUGAGAUGACCCGCGAUCGCUGGAUGAAGACUAUCCUUCCUAUCGGCGCCCUCUUCUCGGGCUCGCUUAUCCUAUCCAACUACGCCUACCUCACCCUCAGCGUCUCGUUCAUCCAGAUGCUCAAGGCGUUCAACCCCGUCGCCAUCCUCCUCAUUUCGUUCGCCUUCAAGAUCCAGGAGCCCAACGGCCGCCUCAUGGCUAUUGUCCUGAUGAUCUCGGUUGGCUGCGCUAUGGCCGCCUAUGGCGAGCUCAACUUUGAGAUGUUCGGCUUCAUCUGCCAAUGCGCUGCCAUCGUCUUCGAGGCGUCGCGCCUUGUCAUGAUCCAGAUCCUUCUCCACGGCCUCAAGAUGGACCCCAUUGUGUCGCUGCACUACUAUGCCCCAGUGUGCGCCGCCAUCAACCUCCUCAUCAUGCCCUUCAUCGAAGGCCUUGAGCCUCUGUACAACCUCCACCGCGUCGGCAUCCUCGUCCUCGUUUCGAACGCUGGUAUCGCGUUUGCGCUCAACGUUGCUGCCGUGUUCCUCAUCUCGGUCGGCUCAGGUCUCAUCCUCACCCUCGCCGGUGUCCUCAAGGACAUUCUCCUUAUCAGCGGGUCUGUUCUUGCCUUUGGGUCCGAGAUUACUGCGCUGCAGGUCCUUGGUUACGGAAUCGCUCUUGGCGGUCUCGUUACCUUCAGGACCACUGGCGGCAAAUAA